AUGGAUGGUGUAAGGGAAGGGUGGAGGCUCACCAUCAAGAUAGUUACAGCAGACCCUGUUCUGGGUGUGGAAAUGGCCUCGACCGUUAAAGUUGCCUGCUUUGGAUACGACAAAUAUGAAGUGUACCUCAAGGCACUCAUUUUGACUGGUAUCGUUCCGCCCAAGAAGAACAUUCUCUUCUCCAUCGGAAGUUAUAAGGAGAAGUUAGAGAUCUUGCCUUUGGUGCAGAAGCUCAGCGCUGCUGGAUACAACAUCUUCGCUACUUCGGGUACCUCAAAUUUCUUGACAGAGCACGGUGUGCAUCCGAGGGCAGUUGGGAUGGUAUCGUUGAUGAGAUGGAGAACGUUGAGAUUGGAAAUGGAAGCGGGAUUGAUGAAGGAGAUCUCGGCUCCAUGUAAAUCUGCCCAGGAGGAUAUCAAGGCCAAAAUCAUCCGCCAAACGUGGCUAAAGUUGCCGCUUGUUAUUCCUGAUGGGUGGGAUUUGUCUCGGUAA